CCGCCGUGGUAUUGGCGGCGGCGGUGGCCACACAGGUGCUCCGCGCCGUGUGAAGAGCUGUCAGUGUGGGCUUGACGGCAGCGGCGGCGAGCGGUGCGCGGCGGCAGGGCGAGGCCUCGGGGACUAUGAGUGUGCUCACCGCGGACCACUCCACCAAGAAGGGCGUCAUGCGCACCGCCAAGACCAGGAAGGACGUGCCCGCCUACGACGCGCCUCUGACGGAAGAGGAGGCGCUCACCAAGGCGGUCAUCUCACCGGAGGAUGUUCUCAGACUCUCCAAGAUCACGGAGAACUACCUGUGUUCCCCUGAGGCCAACGUGUUCGACAUCGACUUCACGCGCUUCAAGAUCCGCGACAUGGAGACGGGCACGGUGCUCUUCGAGAUAGCCAAGCCGCCCCCGCAAGAGCUCGAGGAGGAGGACCCCAGCGUGGACCAAGAGGAGUCGGAUCCCAACGCUGGUCGGUUCGUCCGCUACCAGUUCACGCCACAGUUCCUCAAGCUGAAGACGGUUGGCGCCACGGUUGAGUUCACGGUAGGCGGGCGGUCAGUUAACAAGUUUCGGAUGAUCGAGCGGCACUUCUUCCGCGACAAGCUGCUCAAGACCUUUGACUUCGAGUUCGGCUUCUGCAUCCCCAACUCCAAGAACACAUGCGAGCACAUCUACGAGUUCCCCACGAUACACCCUGACCUAGCGGAGGAGAUGAUCAAGCACCCAUUCGAGACCCGGAGCGACAGUUUUUACUUCGUGGACGACAAACUCAUUAUGCAUAACAAGGCGGAUUAUGCCUACAACGGGGGCCUUCAGUAGCGUCGGCCCAGCCCUGCCCCCCUCCACCCCUUCCUCACUGACCGUUCCCUGACUCACCUCCUCCUUUCGCUUUAAUCUUUUUCCAACACCUUUUUCUCUGCACUGUCCCCUUCCUUCCCUUUCUCUUUCUUUCCUUCCUUCCUUCUCUCCUUUCUUGGUUUUCUUUUUAAUUCUACUCCUCCUCUUCCUUCCUUCCUUCCCUUUCUCUCUUCCUCACAUUCUCUUUCUCUUUUCUUCCUUUCUUCUGUCCUUUCUUGCUUUUCUUCUUAAUUCUUCUUCUCUCUUUCCUUCUCAACCCUUCUCCUAUUCCUUCCUUCCUUUUCUCUCUUUUCUCAUAUUCUCUUUUUCUUUCCUUCCUUCCUUUUCUUUUUAAUUCUUCUCCUCUCUUGCCUCCUCCUCCUCCUCUUCCUUCCUUCCUUCCCUCUCUCUCUUUCUCACAUUUUCUUCUCUUCCUUCCUUCUCUUCUUUCUUCCUUUCCUUUUUAAUUCUUUUCCUCUCUUUCCUCCUCCUCCCUCCUCCUCUUCCUUCCUUUCCCUCCUCUUACUUCUUCCUCUGAUCUUCCUUUCCUUCUCAACCUCUUCCUCCUCUUACCUAACCUAACUUAACUUUUCCUCGUCUGUCCCUCCUCCUCCUCCUCCUCCUCCUCUUAUUGAACCUCACAUUCCAUCACAACCAAAAAAAUGUAGUCUUAUAAUCUCAACCCUGCUCAUCACCUCCCACCUCCUCCUCCUCCUCCUCCUCCUCUUCCUCCUCCUCCUCCUCCUCUUGUGUGUGCUGCGUGAGUGCUGAGUGCUAAGCCUUGUCAUGUGAUAACUAGGGUCAGCAAUAACCGAAUAACGAAGUAUAUGCAACAAAUUUAUGCGAGGAAAGGAAAACGUGAAAGAAAAUGGAGAUGAGGAAGAGAAAACGGGAAGAAAAUGAAGAAGGAAAAAGAAAAAGGGAAGAAAAUGUAGCAGAAAAAAAGAAAAAAAAGGAAGAAAAUGUAGAAGGAAUAAGAAAAGGAAGAAAAUAAAGAAGGAAAAAAGAAAAAGGAAGAAAAUGGACAGGAAAAAGAAAAAGGGAAGAAAAUUGAGAAGGGAAAAAAUGGAGAAAAAAAGAAAAAAAAGUAGAAGAAAAAGAAGAAGAAGAAGAAGAAAAAGAUGAUAUGUGUUAAAGAGAAUAUUCCACCUCUCUCUCUCUCUCUCUCUCUCUCUCUCUCUCUCUCUCUCUCUCUCUCUCUCUCUCUCUCUCUCUCUCUCUCUCUCU